AAUUAUUAAAGUAAAAUAACUGAAGGUUAAGUUUAAAAUAAAAUUUUAUUAGGUAGGUAUGACAGCUUCACAAGAAAAAUAUAGGAAAUUUAAAGAUGCCGAAGUAGAUGUUUUAAUGCUCUUGGUCGACAAAUACAAGGGUAUAAUUGAAAAUAAACAGACGGAUGCCGUUAUGUGGAAGGAGAAGAAUGCUGCUUGGGUUAAACUUACUGAGGAGUUCAAUGCCACAAGUGGACACUCAUUUAGAACCCUCAAAAAAUAUAAAGGGAAAAUACGAAAAUAUAAAAAAAAAUGCUAAAAAGAAGUUUUCCGUCGAAAAGCAAAAUAUUUACAUAACAGGUGGGGGCAUUCCAGAACCUGUUAAUAUUACCAAUAUUGACGAAAAGGUAAAAGAACUCUUGGGAAUAAAUGUUCACGGCAUGGUGAAUGAAUUUGAUGGUGAUACAUUCGAAUUUGAAAAUAUGAAUGUACCAUCAACUUCAAAAGCUGAAGAGACAAAUUGGGCACAUUGGUCUCCAAAAUUGUUAAAAACCCCAAUUUCUACUCCAUUGUCAGUUAGAAAGCAACCGACCAUUGAAGUAAUGGAAGAGACUGAGGAAGAAAGAAAUACUGAAUAAGUGGAAGUUGAAGAAGUGGAGGUUGAAGAAAAAAAAAAAGAAUUUUCAAUUUCCUGUCCUAAAAAAACACAUACAUUACCAAGUUAAUACCUAUUAUGUUCAUUUUCUUUAUUUUUCGGACCCUGUUA